CCCUAACGCGGUGACGUAUGUGACGUCACGACGCCUGUGACUUGUGACUUGCGAAAUGGAGAAAGAAACCGAGAACAAGGCUCAGCCCUAUGGUUUUGUUCUUUCAUCAAACACAAAUAUCGAUAAGCGGGGCAGUGUUGACAACAGCGGACUGGAUAGAAAAGAAGAAGCCACGGGAGACUUUGUGAAAUGCGGUUCUCGGUAGGAUGAUCAGUAAUCACGAAGACGAUGAGUUUGUUGCAGUGCGAGUCCAAGAUCCCCGCAUUCAGAACGAGGGUUCUUGGAAUUCAUAUGUCGACUACAAAAUAUUCCUACAUACCAACAGCAAAGCCUUCACGGCCAAGACGUCCUGCGUUCGGCGGCGCUACAGCGAGUUUGAGUGGCUCAGGAAGAAGCUGCAGAAGAAUGCAGGCUUGGUUCCAGUCCCGGAUCUUCCUGGAAAAUCCUUCUUCUCCUUCAACAAUGAGGACUUUCUGGAGAAAAGGCRGAGGGGACUCCAAGUCUUCCUGGACAAAGUGGUGCACACUACCGUGUGUCUGUCGGACAGCCAGCUCCACCUCUUCCUGCAGACCCAGCUGCCGGUCGGUCACAUCCAGGACUGCGUCCAGGGACUGACGCCGUACUCGGUGACGGACGCCAUCCUCACCUACGCCUCGUCCAACCGGGGACUGGCUCAGGCUCAGCAGGAGGACUCCAUCAGGGAGCCCGGACUCACCGUCUCUUACGAGUCCAUGGAAAGUCCGGCUCCUCACCUGCCUUCCCUGCAACUGAACACAACUCUCGGCUCCAAACCAGCGACCGGUGGGGAUCCGGACCCUCUGGAAGACAUAUUGGAGCUCUGUGAGCAGAGGCCGGAUGAAACGCAGCGCAGGGGAAACGCCUCGAUAAGGAUCUCCCAGAGGAGCGACCGGCUGGAGGCCGUUGUGGAGGACGCCGGCUCCACACGCGCUUCCUUCUACGUGGGCGAGAUCCUGGACGACUCGGGGAGCCUCAGCCCCUCAGAGCACAGCUGCGUGAUUCAGACUCCCGUGGAGGUGCACUCACCCAUGGAAACGGGCUUUGAAGACGGCGGCGAAGACAAAACCGAAGAAAGGAAAAACUCAGAGUCUGAAAUUAGUGAGGCUUCUGCGAUGGACAAUAAUAACGUGGAAGUUGUGGAAUGCCUCUCCGAGACGCCCGAAGGUCGCCUCGUAGAAACCGAAACGUAUGGCAAACGAGGCGAUGAAUCAAACAAGGUGCCCCUUGAGUCUGGAGCUCAGGCGGAGAGUCAGAACGUGAGCGGCGAGUCAGAGGCCGAUCUCAGCGACUCAUGCCGACGUAUCCACCGAGAGGAAACUGAAAACGAGGACAGAGGCGAGAGCGACGAGGACAGCCGCUCGUUGCUGUCCUCCAACGAGAGCAUCAUCCGGUGCAGCGAGGAGGAGAGUCUGGGCGAGGAGACGGACGACUCCGUGCGGGUGAAGUCGUCUCCGGACAAGGCCAAGGACCGGUCAGAGCUGGAGGGCUCCAGUCAGAACAUUUUGUACAUCAACGGAUUUAAGGAGAACAAAGCGGACGCUGAGGACUGGGAGGAUAAUGACCAGCAGUACACAACUCCAGAGCCUAAACCAGCCGCUUCUGGCGGAGAGCUGACUGAAAACUGUGACUUUAGCAUCUUGGAGAACAGCUGUCAGUCCGGAGCAGAUGAAGGCGAAUUUACAGUGCAGGAAGCUCCGGCCUCGAUACCUUUGGAGGGAUCAGAGGAGGCCGAGGAGGCGUAGGUGCAUCAGUGGAGCUAAACUUACUCUGGCUGCUGCGCCAUCACUGAGCCAGAACCAUGGGUCUUUAGUCUCUUCUGCCAAAGAAACGUUAACAAGGCACAAACAAAGAGAUAUUCUGUUACAUGAAACCUAAAUACACAGUGCCUUGCAAUAGGAUUUAUGCUCUUUAAACUUUUUCAUAUAUACACAUUUAUGUUUGCUGCAAACAGAAACUUAAGCAUAUUUCAUUGGGAUUCUGCUACAGACCAGGACAAAGUAGCGUCACAUUUCACAGACACCUAAAAAAAGUGUUGUAUGCAUUUUUAUUUUGAACUUUACAUCAAUAGUAGUUUUAAAACUAUAUAAUUUACAAUUAUGCACAACUUUGUGUUGGUCUGCCACCUUAAAUCCCAAUAAAAUACAUUUAAAGUUUGUACUUGUGACAAAAGUACAAGGGGUAUGAAUACUUCUGUAAGGCAUAAGUCAUCUUCACAAUGUUUAAUCACCGUCAAGAAAGGGCAUAUUAAUACAAGAUCAAAAGAUUUAAGUUCUCUUCUCUUUUUGCUGCUGCAGCUUUUAAAAAUAGCUGAUCGGAUAAAAAGAACUAAGAAAAAAAAACACGUUUUUCAUCAGUUUGAUCAAGCUGAUUUAUUUAUCUUGACCACCAGAGGGCACUAGACGUACAGAGUUCACAAAAAGAUGCUGCUUAAUUCCUAUUAUUUGCCAACAUCUUAAACACAAUUUGAAUGAAGGAGAUACACUGAAUGAAGGAGAUACACUGGAAUAAUGAGAUAAAGUGUUUAAAAUAGAUUGUUUUCCCAGA